AAAUUCCUUCGUAAAGAAAGCAAAGCACAAAAUCGCAAAGAAAAACACAUCCCUUCGUAUUAUCUUCCAUCUUUUCAAUUUUCUUCCCUUUUGGCUCUCUUCUCUAUUUCGUCGCUCUUCUUAUUGUCUGCACGCAAUAAGGUGGACACAAAAGAGAAGAAAAUUUCAUUGCGAUAGGGUUUGGAGCUAUUUUUUGGUUGCGGGAAAAGAACAGGACGAGGGUUUUUGCUGCUCAAAUUAGCGAAAAUGGGGGCCGGUCUGCCCGCUAAAGAGAGCAAUCUCUUUAAGCUUAUCGUGAAAUCCUAUGAAACGAAACAAUAUAAGAAGGGUCUUAAAGCUGCUGAUUCUAUACUCAAAAAAUUUCCAACUCAUGGAGAGACAAUGUCAAUGAAAGGUCUGAUAUUAAAUUGCAUGGAUCGCAAGGCAGAAGCAUAUGAGCUUGUACGGCAAGGUUUAAAGAAUGAUUUGAAAAGUCAUGUGUGUUGGCAUGUUUAUGGUCUUCUGUACCGUUCAGACCGGGAGUAUAAAGAAGCAAUCAAAUGUUAUAGAAAUGCUCUGAGGAUUGAUCCAGAAAAUAUUGAAAUUUUACGUGAUCUCUCUCUUCUCCAGGCACAAAUGCGAGAUUUAGCUGGAUUUGUGGAAACAAGACAGAAGCUGCUAACUCUGAAGCCCAAUCAACGCAUGAACUGGAUUGGAUUUACAGUUGCACAUCACUUGAAUUCUAAUCCAAGGCAAGCUGCUGAAGUUUUGGAAGCUUAUGAAAAGACACUAGAAGAGGACUAUCCUCCUGAAAAUGAGCGUUAUGAACAUAGUGAAAUGCUACUAUACAAGAUUUCUCUUCUUGAUGAAUGUGGAGAUCCAGAAAGAGCGCUAGAUGAAGUCAACAAGAAGGCAGCUAAAAUAGUUGACAAGAUAGCACUCAAGGAACAAUGUGCUUCAUUAUUGCUAAAGCUUGGGCGUUCUGAAGAAGCUGAGGCAACAUAUCAAUCCCUACUUGCAGCAAACCCUGACAAUUAUAGAUAUUAUGAAGGGUUCCAAAAUUGUUUAGGCCUAUCACUCGAAAGUGGGAAACAUUCACCCGAGAAUGUUAAUAAGCUAUCUUCUUUAUAUAAGUCUCUUUAUGAGCAAUAUCCAUGGUCUUCAGCUGCCAAGCGUAUUCCUCUUGACUUCUUGGAGGAUGAUGAUUUUCGGAAUGCAGUAGACAUUUAUGCCAGACCAUUACUAAGCAAGGGAGUUCCUUCACUAUUCUCAGAUCUUCGCCCUUUAUAUGAUCAUCCAGGAAAGGCAGAUAUUCUGGAGAAUUUAAUGAUUGAAAUUGAAUCCUCUCUGGAGAAGAGCGGAAGCUUUCCUGGAAGUUCUCUGAAAGAAUCUCCUUCGACACUUUUGUGGGUUCUUUUUUUUCUUGCUCAGCAUUAUGACCUUCGAGGGAAGCAUGAUAUAGCUCUUGGGAAAAUUGAUGAUGCCAUAUCACAUACUCCAACUGUCAUUGAUCUUUAUUUAGUGAAGGGUAGAAUAUUAAAACAUGCAGGGGAUCUAACAGCAGCUGCCACAUUGGCAGAUGAAGCUCGGUCUAUGGACCUUGCAGAUCGAUAUAUAAAUAGUGAGUGUGUUAAGCGCAUGCUUCAGGCAGAUCAGGUGGAAAUGGCUGAGAAGACGGCUGUACUCUUUACAAAGGAUGGUGAUCAGCACAAUAACUUAUAUGAUAUGCAAUGCAUGUGGUAUGAACUAGCUUCUGGUGAGAGUUAUUUCAGACAAGGUUCCCUUGGGCGAGCUUUAAAGAAGUUCUUAGCAGUAGAAAAGCAUUAUGCUGAUAUGAAGGAAGACCAAUUUGACUUUCAUUCAUAUUGCUUGCGGAAGAUGACCCUUCGUGCAUAUGUCCAAAUGCUGAAGUUUCAAGAUCGUCUGCAUUCUUUUCCUUUCUUCCAAAAAGCUGCAGUUGGUGCCAUUAGAUGCUAUCUGAAAUUGUAUGAUUCACCUCCAAAGGUAGCUGUUGAAGAAGAAGCUGGAUUUAUGAGUCUUCCCUCCUCUGAAAGAAAAAAGAUUAGGGCAAAACAACGUAAAUUAGAAGCUCGAGCUAAGAAGGAAGCUGAGGAAAAAGCUAAGGAAGGGGAAGCAGCUAAUGUGGCAGCAACAAAAAGUGGGAAGAGAGGUUCACAACAUUCAAAGGUUGUUGAUCUCGAUCCUGAUGGGGAGAAGUUGAUACAGGUGGAAGAUCCGUUGGCAGAAGCAACAAAGUAUUUAGGGUUACUUCAAGCACACUCUGGCCAAUGUUUGGAAACACACCUACUUGCUUUUGAACUUAACAUGAGAAAAGCAAAGAUACUUCUUACCCUCCAGGCUGUUAAGCGGCAGCUUAGGGUGGAUCCAAAUGAUCAGGAGGUCCAUCGGUGUUUGAUACGCUUUUUCAACAUGGUAGACAGCUUGCCUCCACCUGAGACACCUGCAGAGAAACUUGUUCAUGGUGUCAUAGAGAUUGAGAGACCUAGUCUGGGGGUUCCACAUGGUAAGCCCUUAUUGGAGGUUAAUGAGUCAUUCCUUGACCGUCACAGAGAUUCAUUGGUGCAUAGAGCAGCAGCUGCUGAGAUGCUUUUCCUUCUGUCCCCUGAGAAAAAGGCAGAAGCCAUUACAAUUAUUGAAAAUUCUGUCAACAAUAUUACCCCAAGAGGUGGUGUUUUGGGAGGAGCCAGAGAAUGGAAAUUGAAGAAUUGUAUUGCUGUGCACAAGCUGUUAGAAACAACAUUCCAUGAUCCAGUUGCAGCUUCUAGAUGGAGAUUGCAUUGUGCAGACAUGUUCCCUUUCUCAACAUAUUUUAAGGGUGUCAAGAGUUCUGCUGUUCUUGGAUCAGUCAAUAGCAAGAUUUGUGGGAAUGAAGACAAUGGACAUCUGGGGAAAAGUCACAACGAGACUGUUGAUGUAUUGUCAAACUCUGUAAAUGGUAAUGCAAUUGAUCUGAAAGGAUUAAACAUUUCAGCCCCAGAAGAAUCUCUUCAAACUUGUUGAGCUAGCCACCACAGCAAGUAAAUUGGGUCAGUUUCUAGCAUCUAUCAAAGAGGUUGCCUUAAAACUAUGACGAUGGAUCUCAGUCCAAUCUGUUGUUAAAUUUGAAAAGAUAAUUUAACCUCAUGUGGAUGAAUGGUGGUGGUGGUUGUUUACAUUUCAAAGGAGGUUCCAGGUUUUCUACUUUAGUUUUUGCUGCGAUUAUUAUUCAUCGAUAAUCAAUGAAGGUGCUGGCCAGUCUCUUCACAUCUGAGUGCACCAGAUUCUGAGAAAUAUGAGUUUUUCAUCCAUCUUCUUAAUGCAGAUCGAGAUUUUUUCUUGCUUCGCAUCAUUUCAGUGAUGCUAGAGCACAGCAGUAACUUAUCAUAACAAAGGAACUGUUCACAUUAUCCAAGGCCACAUCAAUGUGGAGUGGCAUUAGGCUUCCUUUUUCUCUCUAAUUUAAAAUUUAAUUCGUAGUGUGCCAGUCAGCUGCUAUUCUUCAUUUUUGGAGCUUGAAAAGCUGGGGUGAGAGUGGCUUUGUUGUAGCUUCUUGAUGGCUUUUUCUGUAGGACAUUGUUAAGCCCUUUUUUGAAUGGAUGUUUAUCACAUGCUAAUGAGAGUUGCAAUUUUGACAGCAUAAGAGCUAGCAAUUUGUUCAUAGAUGCGUGCAUUGUUGAUUCACAUCUUAUUUUUCUCUGAUAAAAAUUGUGUAAGCCUGAACACGUGCUGGUCUAGCAGUUAUCCUAUUGUUAAAAGUAUUGGUGUCAAGAGAAACUGAACGAAUAUUCCUUGGAGACACUGGACUCAUGCAAAAUAAAAUAGCUAUGAGUAGAACAACUUCACCCAAUCUGUCAAAAUCCUGCAGAUGUCAUGAGACAUUGUUGUACAUGAAUAAUUAAUUUGAUGUUAUUCUGAGGCAAACAACUCUUGGCACUAAGGAUUUAACUCUAUUUAAAACAGGAAUUUCUUCCUUGUUUAAUCUCAGCAGCAGAUUUUGGCAUUUCAA